UCAUUCAUUAAACACAACGAGACUAAGUAUACAGAGAAGAGCAUAGAGAGACUUCUCUCUUCUUAGACACACUCAACUAGUCAACCAUUUGAGCUCAUCCUCAAAGAGCAAUGGUUUGGAUUUGGGCAACAAUUGGGUUGCUUGCCCUUGUUUAUAUCCUGCAAGCAUGGUGGAAGAACAAGAAGAAGAUGUUACCUCAUGGUCCAAGAGGGUUUCCCAUUUUUGGAAGCCUUCACUUGCUAGGGAAGUUCCCCGACAAGGAUCUUCAUCAGUUGGCCCAAAAAUACGGCGACAUCAUGUACAUGCGAUUAGGCCUUAUGCACACCAUUGUUGUCUCAUCUCCACAAGCUGCCGAGCUGUUCCUCAAAACACACGACCUUGUUUUUGCAAGUAGGCCACCACAUGAAGGAGCAAAGCUCAUCUCUUUUGGGCAAAGGAGCUUGGUUUUCUCUGAAUAUGGUGCAUAUUGGCGCGACACGAGGAAGAUGUGCACCCUUGAGUUGCUCAGCAACCACAAAAUCAACUCCUUCAAGUCCAUGAGGAGAGACGCGAUUGCUCUCUGUGUUGAGUCUAUUCGAGCCACUGCCGAUAAUGGACGUGUCGCUGUUGAUCUGAGUGACAAUGUCUCAUCUCUCAGCGUGGUCAUGAGCUGCCGGAUGGUGCUUGGGAAGAUGUAUAGGGAUGAGGAGUUUGAUGCGAGGGGUUUCAGAUCUGUGAUCGAAGAGGUUGUCCAAUUGAUAGGCGCCGCUAACUUGGGUGAUUACAUUCCUUUUAUAGCUCCCUUCGACCUCCAAGGUUUCACGAAGCGGAUGAAGUCUGUUAACAAGGCGUUUGAUACCUUCUUUGAGAAGGUCAUUGACGAGCAUAUUCAAUCUAACGAGGGAGAAAGGACUAAAGACUUUGUUGAUGUCAUGGUGGCCUUCAUGGGAUCUGAACAAUCUGAAUACCGAAUCGAACGCCCUCAUAUCAAAGCCAUAAUAUUUGAUAUGUUGGUGGGCUCCAUUGACACAUCAUCAGUUACGGUCGAGUGGGCACUGUCCGAGCUUAUGAGGCAUCCAAAGGCAAUGAAGAAAGUCCAAAAGGAGCUAGAAGAUGUUGUUGGAUUGGGGAGAAUGGUGGAGGAAUCAGACUUGGGGAAAUUGGACUAUUUGAGCAUGGUAGUGAAGGAAACCAUGAGGCUACACCCAGUUGCGCCAUUGUUGGUUCCUCAUGCUGCCACUGAAGACUGCACCGUCAAUGGCUACCACAUAACCAAAAAAUCGCGCGUUAUCAUAAAUGCGUGGGCAAUCGGGAGAGACCCGAGUGCUUGGACCGAUGCAGAGGAGUUCAUACCAGAAAGAUUUGAGGGUAGCGAUGUUGAUGUUAGAGGAAAUCACUUUCAGCUUAUCCCAUUUGGCUCUGGCCGAAGACGUUGCCCAGGAAUUCAGUUAGGCCUUAUGGUGGUCCAGUUAAUGUUGGCACAACUUGUCCAUUGUUUUGAUUGGGAACUUCCGAAUAACAUGUUGCCAGAAGAAUUGGACAUGACUGAGGUGUUUGGCAUAACGGUUGCAAGGGCAAAACGUCUAAUUGCUAUUCCUUCCUAUCGCCUUCACAAAUGAUCAUAAUCUGUCUGCAAUGCCUCAUUUCGUACUGUUGGAGAACUAAACC